AUGAUCUCGCCUGCGAGGCAUUGGUCAUCAUCAUCGUUGGUAGAAUUCAGCGGCAGGCUUCAUCGGAAUUGUAUAAGUUUGACGAGCUGGACAAGAGAGAGAAGGUAUUGGAACACAAGAUCAGCUUUAAAGCCACACUUGAGUUUCGGUUCAACUUCGAAAACACGAUUAUCACCGUCAAAAUCAAAGAAGAUUAGAAUAGCUGCAAAAAUGACAGAGGAAAUGCCUGAUACUCUGAAACACUACAAAGUGCCAAAGAUUGAAGACAUGCCCUCUCUGGGGCUGCCCAUCGAAAAUGCUAAAAGAGCAGCAGCAUAUCUUGCAGUCGAUGAAAAUUUAGAUAUUUUCCACCACAGAAUUAUUGGUGUUGGCAGUGGAAGCACGGUAAUUUAUGUGGCCGAAAGAUUGGGCCAGUAUUUGAAGGACGAGAAGUUCAGGGACUACGUUAGCCAGUUCAUCUGUAUUGCUACAGGAUUUCAAUCAAAGCAGUUGAUUAUGGAUAGCGGCUUGCAGUAUGGUAUCAUAGAGCAACAUCCGGUGAUUGAUAUAGUUUUCGAUGGCGCAGAUGAAGUCGAUCCCAAUUUACAAUUGAUUAAAGGUGGCGGUGCAUGCUUGUUCCAAGAAAAACUGAUCAGCACAAGUGCGAAAACUUUUAUAGUAGUGGCCGACUCGAGCAAAAGAGCUCCAUCAAAGCUGGGGUCUCAUUGGAGAAAAGGUGUGCCCAUUGAGGUUGUACCACCUGCAUAUGUACGAGUCAGAAACGAUCUUCUGACAAAAGUAAACGCGAAGACAGCAGUGCUUAGAGAAGGCGGUAAGGCCAAGGCUGGUCCAAUCGUCACAGACAACAGCAAUUUCAUCAUAGAUGCCGAUUUCGGUGAAAUUGAAGAUCCAAAAACGUUGUACAAGGAGAUUAAGCUGAUGGUCGGUGUGGUUGAAGCAGGAAUAUUCGUUGACAAUGCAGCAAAGGCAUAUUUUGGUAACGCUGAUGGAUCUGUGGAAAUCCUAGACAAACAAGGCUCAGCUGCACGUAUUACUUCCGUGUAA